GGGGCGCAGUGUGCGCGUGCGCGCGGCGGGCGCAAUGGCUGCGCUCAGCGGACUGGCUGCUCUUCGUUCGGGGCGCCGUCUGUGGAAGCUUCCUGCGCGCCCGUCUUCAGGGCUCCCAGGCUGCUGGCUCCGGAGGGGCUACAUCGUGGGCCGCGCUGAGAGCCCUCCCACCUUUGGCUUACUGUUUGACAUUGAUGGAGUGCUGGUUCGAGGCCACAGAGUGAUCCCAGCUGCUCUAGAAGCAUUCGGCAAGCUGCUAAACUCCCAGGGGCAGCUGCGGGUACCUGUGGUUUUUGUCACAAAUGCUGGGAACAUCUUACAACAUAGCAAAGCUCAAGAGCUGUCAGGCCUUCUGGGGUGCAAGGUGGAUCCAGACCAAGUCAUUCUCUCGCACAGCCCCAUGAAACUCUUCUUGCAGUGCCACAACAAGCGGAUGCUGGUAUCUGGGCAGGGACCCCUGGUGGAAAACGCCAGAGCCAGAGGCUGGGUAGUUCAACAGUGGCAUCUACUACUAGAGAACCUGAGAACUCUAGCUGUCAGUCCAGUGUGUUUAACAGUCCCAGUCUGGCACUGCUCCUGGAGAGAGCUUCAGUACAUGCUGGAAUUCCUCAGACCUCUUAUGUCUGGGCCUCUUCCAAAAGUUCUGGUGGUCAAACCAGGGUUGUACCGGCUUGGGAAGUCUCCGCCGCUAAGCUACACCCCAGCCCGUGAUUUCUUUUUGGGAUCAUCAGUUCGAGGCCACUCAUUGACCACCCUUUGGAGUAUGGCUCUUGAGCACCCGAGGAAUGACUUCCCUGCCAUUGAAGGGAUCCUCCUUCUUGGGGAGCCAGUCCGCUGGGAGACAAACCUGCAGCUGAUUAUGGAUGUCCUCCUUAGCAAUGGGAACCCUGGGACCGGCCUAGGGACAGUUCCAUAUCCCCACCUCCCUGUCCUGGCUAGCAACAUGGAUCUCCUGUGGAUGGCUGAAGCCAAGAUGCCCAGGUUUGGUCAUGGCACCUUUCUGCUUUGCCUGGAAGCCAUCUACCGGAAAGUAACGGGCAAGGAGCUGAAGUAUGAGGGCUUGAUGGGCAAACCCAGCAUCCUCACUUACCAGUAUGCAGAGGACGUGAUCAGGCAGCAGGCUGAGAGGCGGGGCUGGUCUGCCCCCAUCAGGAAGCUCUAUGCUAUAGGUGAUAACCCUGUGUCUGAUGUCUAUGGUGCCAACCUGUACAACCAGCACCUGCAAAUGGCGAAGCGUGGAGAGGGGGAGUGUGGGACUGGUGGACAGCAGAAGCGGCGGCCUUCAGCAACCCAGAGCUGUGCCUCCAUCCUGGUAUGCACGGGCAUACACAGUUCUCAGGACCCAGGCUCCGAAGGGGCACAGCUUCCAUUCCACGGCCACCGAGACUUCAGCUUCAGCCCAGAGCUCCUCAAGGCUUCCCACGUCGUUGAUGAUGUGGAUGAAGCUGUGCAGCUGGUUUUCCGCCAGGAGGGCUGGGCUUGACAGUCAGGAGAUGUGUCACAGACAAGGGGCUGUUGGGGCAUCCGCCUCAGGGAAUCCUGUGUGCCAGGCUGUGAUCCAGGUCACAGGCAUCAAGUCCCAGCCUGGCCCUUGCCACUACUUCCUGAAGAAGAUCGCAGCUUCAGUAGCUAUAGAAUGACCCUUGGGUAGCAUUUCAGGAGGGGAUGGAUUUCUGGUCCUUCCUGUGUGUCUCUUGCUGACUGACCUCAUACCAGUUCCUAUAACUCUGUGCCUUGUGUCCUCUCAGUAAGGACUCCCCCGCCGCCCCCCCCCCCCCCCCGACAGGGUCUCACUAUUGUAGCUCUGGCUGUCCUGGAACUCACUCUGUAGACCUGACUGGUCUUGAACUCAGAGACAUCUGCCUUCCUCUACCUCCUGAGUGCUGGGAUCAAAGUUGUGUGCCACCACACUUGCCUCAGUAAAGGCCUUCUAAAAACGGGGACAGUGUACAAUUAUGUGGAAACUUCUGGAAAGCCUUUGUUCUCACCGAGGGACCCCUGCAUGCCAGUGAGGUUCUUCUGGUGCUCAUGGUGGUUCCCCUGUAUUUUAAAGCACCGCCCGCAGACUUGGUGGGCUUUUUUUUUUUUUAAAUUAAAAAUGAUCCUAGUAUUUGUUA